CAAGGCUGGUUCGUUGGCUUUGCAGUUGAAUGAGCGGUUGAUCAACGUCCUUUGAUCCGGUUUUCAGUGAAGAAGAAGAAGAAGAAGAAGAAGAAGGGCGGAGCAAUGUCGUGGCAAACGUACGUUGAUGAUCACUUGAUGUGCGACAUUGAAGGUCAGAGACUCACCUCUGCGGCAAUCAUCGGCCAGGAUGGCAGCAUCUGGGCCCAGAGUGCCAAUUUCCCUCAGUUUAAAUCUGAGGAGAUAACUGCUAUUGUGAAUGAUUUUAAUGAACCCGGUUCCCUUGCUCCGACCGGAUUACAUCUUGCUGGAACAAAAUAUAUGGUGAUCCAAGGAGAAGCUGGAGCUGUUAUUCGUGGUAAAAAGGGAUCAGGUGGUGUUACUGUAAAGAAAACAAACCAAGCUCUGAUAUUCGGUAUUUAUGAUGAACCUAUGGCUCCCGGUCAGUGCAACAUGGUCGUCGAGAGGAUGGGUGAUUACCUCAUUGAUCAAGGCCUUUAGAUUGCCAAUGAAUUCAUGUUUCAUUUUCUUCGGUCAGGGACUCUAUUAAUUACCUAUUCUUUUCCCAGUUUCAGAGCUUGCAAUUUUGCAUGACCAUUAACUGGUGUUAUCUACAUUUUGUGUCACCUAAUAAUUUUGGUGUUUUAGCUCAUUUUGAUCCUUUUUUAAUGUUCUUAAACAUUCAUGGUCCCUUGCUCUCUGCAGAGUGACAUGUUUAUGCUUCUUUAUUUUGCCAAUUUUGUAACCUUUUGAACAUAAAUUUGCUUAUUUAUUUAUUUGUUUA